UCGCUCACUUUUUGUUUGUCAACAUGGUUAUUUCACGCCGGAUUAUACCGCAAUUUCUAAUCAUAAUACGUAUUUAAUAUGGAUGAGGAUGAAGAUAUGGAUAGUUGCAGUAGCAGUGAUGAAGAGAGUGAUUUACAAAGUAUAGAAUUAAUAAAUUCAAUCCUAGAAAAGGAUCGAGCAUCAACAUGCGAUACUUCCUCGCAAUGCUCAGGAUCGUCCACGCGCACAACGUCCCUAGGUUCAGCCUCCAAUGUCUCACGAAUAGAAAUAGCUUUGGCCUUAAACAGAUUGCACGAAGAAAAACUGAAACGUUUGGAGAACAUCCUUGUUGAGCGUUUGCACUCGUGUCGGGAGAAGCUGAGCGAAGUCCAGGGUCUGGUGGCGCCCGCGGAAGGCAGACACAAUAAUGGCAGGAGUGGAGAACAGAUCGUCAUCAUCCACUGCGGGAGACCGUACUUCAAAGACCAAAACUUCUUCCCGGCACCUGAAAACAGCGAUACUAUCCUCAUGAGGAAGUCGUCCAUAUUUGAUGUGGCCCAUGCUUCCUCAGUCCCAGGUUGGACAGUAAAAGAUAAAAGAAACUUCAUAGCGGAACUGCUGAAUCAAACAAAAAUCAUGAAAAAGAAAGAACUCCAUUCUCUCAUAGCCAAACACAAUAGGGAGCUGGCUGCAGGAACGGUAUCAAAAAAAGCAAUCAAAGCUCAUGAAGCUAAAAUGAAAGAAGCCCAUAAAGUAAUUGAGAACAUUGAUAAGAAAACCCUGGCUGAGAUAGCACUUCCUAUAAACGAGGAGUAUGAUUGGGAGUUGAUUUCCGCCAACAUUGGAGGCCGGCACACUCCGCAGGAGUACAAGGCGCUGUGGAAACUAUUCCUGCACCCCUCCAUCAACAAAAGCAGCUGGAGCAAGACUGAACACCUCAAACUGAAGAAAAUAGCCGCAGCUCACAACCUACAGAGCUGGGAUGCUAUUGCUAAGGAACUCAAUACCGGCAGAUCUGGCUACCAGUGCUUCGUGUACUACAAGACUAACAUGAAUGACAGUUCAGUCGGCAAGAAGUGGACUCCUGAUGAAGAGGAGUACCUACAAAGACUGGUAGACUAUUAUAGACUAGAUAAUUACAUACCAUGGUCUAAAAUAGCACCAAAAAUGCCAAACAGAACCAAAUUGCAGAUUUAUAACAAAUACAUGAGAACUCACGAGAAAAGAGGAAGGUUUCUACCUGAAGAGGACUCUGUACUGCUGACAUGUGUAGAUAAAUAUGGACUCGACUUCAAAAAGAUCUCUCAUUUUGUGAAUGGCCGCACCAUGCAGCAGCUCAGAAAUAGAUACUUUAUUCUGCAGAAAUGCAACAGAAUGACAGCAGUCUGGACUAUAGAGGAAGAUAAGAAACUCCUGCAGUUUAUGGGUAACAAAGAAUCUGGACUCAACUAUGCUGAAUUAGUUAAACAUUUUCCUGGAAAAGAUCGAACAAAUAUACGGUCCCGGUACAUGACACUAGUUAAAUGGAUGGAGACAAAUCCUAAAAAGGAUAUUGCUAAUGCUCCACGUAGAGGAGCAAGAAGGCUAGCCCACGGAAAAGCUGCUCCAGACUUGUCCCAUGCAAUCAAAAAGCUCAAGAUGCGUAUGGAGACAGAGUUCCAGUCAAGUUGCAAAGGUAAAAGAGUCACUGAGAAAUCCUCAGAAGAAGCUAUUGAAGAUGCUAUAGUAUUGGCCUUAGUAAACGAAAACUACCAAGCACAAGAACAUCAACCAGAGUGUGCUGUUGUAGAGGCACCGUCCAAUAAUCUUAAUUCUACAAACUUGAAAAAAAUUCUGCUGCUUCUUAAUGCUAGACUUGACAAAGAGGCAUUUAUGAAGCAGCCCAAUUUAGUAAAGAAAUAUCCAGCUCUAUUGGAUUCGGAAAAGGAGGUGUCCCUGAUGAAAGUUCGUUCAUAUUCCAAGGACAUAACCACCUCACCUAAUGUAGUACAGGAGGAGCCCAGCACGCCUGACAUUUGGGGAACGGUAACAAGAGACCAAGGACAUUAUGUCCUGCCACCCAAUUUACCGACCAUACUUGGUUGCAAACGUCUUAUGGCGUACGUGAAUGAUAACUUGAUAGAAGGAAAAGGUGAGAAGAGGGUUCCACUGUACAGAAAUCCAUUCAUCAAGGAUCAGUGGCAGAUAUUUGUGGAUCGGUUCCAGGCUGUGUUUAUGUGGCCAAUGCUGCUAAGCAAUCAGCAUCCUCAGUUUUCAGAUUCAAAUCGCCAAACUUUAAGUUCUGUUUACAAACCUAGUAUGAAUUACUGUGAUGAUGGAGGGAUCUCAUCAUCAGAAAGUAGAAGGAAAAAAAGAAAGGAAAAUAAAAAAUAAAUACUUGGCAAAGGCCAUGUUCAGUUGUACCAUGUAACUAAAUGAUUAUGUAAUUCAAUUAAUAAUUAAACAUUGUUACUUACA